UCCAAAAUGUGCGAUUCAAAUCAAGAAUAUUACUUGAAGCUGGAAGAGUUGAAGAACGCCCACUUGGAGACCAUGGCAAAAUUAGAAAGUAUGUAUCGGAAUAAACUGUACUUAAAAGGAGUACAACCCUCGGACAAGAAAAAGGCUGCUUCUAAUGUGUGUUGUAGGCCAACUUGGGAAAAGAGCUCGUAUCAGCCUCUAAAUUUGCACAAAUCCUUUUCAGACUCUGACUUAAGUGAUCCCGUAGGCUCGAGUAUAUCUGAUGGGUCUGACAGAGAAAUAGCGUUUGAAGAAAAUGGUAGCGAAACUGGAUCAUCUGCAUUUGCUAAGGAACGGAUUGAAAGAAUGUGGGACGGCUUCUCUGUGGAAGACUACAUCUCCCGCACCAAACACAGCUUGCCAGCCUUCAGAACGAUACGGAAGAAACAGAAAGCCUGGUCACCAAAAGUUACUGUGCCCAAGCCUUUCCAGAUGACUAUUAGAGAAGCUAGGAAGAAAGAACAGAAUGUCAAAUCAAAGUCACAGAUUGAAAUGGAAAAUAACUUAUUGAAGCAGCAACUAGAGGAAGAAGCAGAGUGUCAGAAAAAAUUCCGAGCCAAUCCAGUGCCUGCUGCCGUCUUCCUUCCGCUCUACCGUGAAAUCGUGCAACGAAACGAAGAACGCAGGAGGUCUGUGAAAGAGAGAAGCAAACUCAAGCUCUUGGCUUCUCAGAAGCCAUUCAAAUUCAUUGAACGAGAGAAGCAAAGGAAUGAAAUUCGGAAAAUGCAAUUAAGGGACCUUUCUGCACCUGAGAAGAAAACAAAACUGUUCAAAGCAAAACCAGUUCCUAAAUGUGUUUAUAGUCCAGCUGUUAACAACAAGCUAAAGGAGGAAGAGCUCUACCGAGAAAUCAGGAUCCGAAUGAGGGCUGAAGAGUUGCUACGUAAUUCAUCUGUACCCAACAGCAGACUGGCUUUAAAAGAUACCAGUAAAAAGAAGAAACACAAGUGCAUGGAACCAAAGGAAAGAGAACAUAAACCCAAGAUCAAAUCAAAAGUUCCAGAUUUUGAACUACUACACCAGAAAUUUCAGAAACGGCUCCUGCAACAAAAACAAGUGAAACACCUCACAGUCUGUGAACCUUUCGAUCUUCGUACUCCAUAUAUUCCCUCAAACAAGGGGAAGAUUUUGAAGGACAUUCAAGAGGACGAAGAAAAGUUGAAAGAAACACGCUGGCCAUAUGCCUCUCCAAGACGUAAACCUCAAAUGAGACAUUCGAGUGCAAACGCACAUCUCUCAGGAUUUGGAGAAUCUAAAUCGCCAAAAAUCACAGAAUCCACAAGACGACGGCUACAGGCCAUAAGGAAUUCACUUGAGGAAAAGAGAAAGCUGGAAGAACAACAAAAAAGGAACAGAACAAAGCAGAAACAAAGAACGAAAAAACUCCAGAAAAUUGUAACGACUCGGGCUGAGGCCAAUGACCCACAUCAGAGCCUAGCUCAGAUGUCUAAAUCCAAAUUAAAAACAUUCAGGAAUUAUGAGAAGCAGAGAAUGCAAGAAUAUUUGCAAGAGUUGCAAGAAAUGGAAGAAAGAGUAAAUCAAAGGCCAUUGCUUUUUGAAAGAGUCACUCAGAAAAAUGCCAGAAUAGCUGCAGAAAAGCAUUAUACUAACAGAUUGAGAGCACUGGGGGUAUGCCCAGAGUUGGUUUCAAAGAAAGGACAAACAACUAAAUUGCUACAAUGCUCCAGUGCUGAAGAUUUUAAUAACUCCACUGAUGCCAGAGAAAGAGUCAUGAAGGAUAAAAUGAAAGAAAGGGAAUCCUUUGAGGAAGCAGCUGACAGCAGGCCUUGGUCUGAGCAGUCCUGUGAGGAGGAGGAAGAGGAGGGAGAGAGGAGAAAAGGUGUCAAAACCUCCACCCGGGAUGGCCAGUCCAGUGAGGAUGAGGAAGAGGCAAGAGCCAGCCCUUACACUCAUCAGCCUUGCCACGCAGAGGAGGCUGGGUCCAGUCCCCCCUCAGACCAGCACCAUGAAGAGGAGGAGGAAGUAAAAGCAGUCCUGUCGCUUGGCCGUUCCCAGGAGGAGGACAGUGAUCAGUCAAGAUCCAGCUCUCGGUCUGACCAGUCCCAUGAGCGUGAAGAGGAAGGUCAGUCUGACCCUGAAGCCGAGGGUGCCUUCAGAUACGAGGAUGAGGAAUAUGAAAAUGAUGAUUCGGAAGAGAAACCCAGCGAUGAUGAAGCUGACUGA